AUGCUUGAUNUUGCUGCAGCUCUAUCCCUGAUUGCCAUUGGGGUAGUAUGUAUGGCUAUUGUGUUUCGAAGGCGAGAACGUGGAUAUAAUCGAUGGAAACGCAGAAAGUCUUUGCUUGGGACUUCUAAAGUAGUACAUAACGAGUUGUAUAAUCCUCACGAACACGACAAUGAUAACGGUCCAACCUCCCCGGUUCUAGAUAGGAUACGGAAAAGUCUGUUCACCUCCAGCAAGAAAGUAAAACACAGUGAUUCAAACUUACAAUCUAAAUCAUCAACAGAAAAUAAUGUAACGGAAAAUGAACAUCAAAACGCUGUGUAUGCGGUGGUCAACAAAAAGAAAAAAUCUAUGAAACGAGGAAAGCUGAAUUCUACAAGUUCAGCUGUUAGUGAGAAUGUGACGUCAGCAACUCAAAAUGUCGCCAAUGAUACAACAGAGAAAUCUGGCGGAGAGUCACAGGCUACUGAGGGCGGCUCUUUGUAUAACAAGCAAUUCAGCAAUCUUUAUGAUUCAUUUGCCAAGUCGCUAUCAAUUACUAAUCCUGACAAUACGUACGACCACCCUCCUCCCCGUAAAGACAGUAAAGGUAAUAGGGUAUAA